AUGCUGCGAUCCCGCAUGUUCUCAAUCCAUGACUUGGAGACUGAGACGGUUGGCUUUCAGGAACACCAGGUUGAGGCAUACGUUGACAAAGUUUCUGAUGAAUCAGCUAAAAGCCAGUUCAUGGACUUUAUAAACCAGAAUUGGGCGAUGAAGGGGUUGAUGCGGGUCCCAAUUCAACUGGACUCCUCCAACCAGGCCGGAAACCAGAACACCGGCCCUCAGAUUCUGCCCUCGGAUAUCGAGAUCAAGAAUACUACUUUCUUCAUCUCACAUUCCAGGAAUAUUUCGCUGCUCAUCACUUCGUCCAGAGCUGGAAAGCUAGCAAAAAAAAUCGAAACAUUGGAUCUGCAAUCUGGCACGGUGAUAUUUAUCUCCCCUGAAGACUUCAUUGGCCAUGAAAAAUACAGUCGGCGCUACAACAUCAUGUACCGAUUUGUCACCGGAAUUUUGGAAUCAGAAGAGAACGAUCUGAUAAGAUUUCUCCAACAGAUCGAAAUGAAACCACGGGAUUUACUAGGAUUUGCCCAUGCACGGCUUCUCAUGUAUUGUUUCAACGAAUUCAGUGAGCCGACGCAAAGUCUCACUGUGGGGAAACUUCGAGAAGAUAUAGACAAUCAACUAUCGCAACUCUUGGUAUCCUUCCGCGAGGAGAUCGGCAAGGAGCCAGAGUUUCCCGAACGUGUCCUGUCAAAAUGCCUUGAAAAGGAUCAAAUAUGGCGUCUCUAUCAGUCUACCCCUGACGAAGAUAUCAGAAAUAACGCUGCGCUGAUCAUUGGUCAAUUCCCGAUCUUUUCGUCAGAGAAGGUGAUUCAGGUUAUCUUUGAUUCAAAUAGGAAUUUGUACAACCAGGUCUUCAGGGGUUUAGAGGAGCGUCCCGACUUGCCUGAAGCCAUUCUAUUUGCCCUCGUAGUUGCAAUUCGUCUUCUCUGGGGCUGGGAAGCAGCGAGACUACUUGAACAACAGGUUGAACUCCCUCAGCCGAUCACUGACUAUUUCUUUUCCAACCUUUCUGCAAAUAGUCACAAAGGUCGCAAAACCGCCGUGAGGGCACAGGCAAAAUGUUCGCGAUCUAAGCAAAAUAUUCGUCGCCGUUUCUUUAAAUUACUAGAUGAUCCAGACGAAAGCGUACGACAGGAAAGCCUCAUGGCAUUGAAAGAUGUUUCUGAUUUAUCGAAGUCUGAUUGUUACGAUUUGUUCCAGAGGAUUCACAACAUAUCCCCUCGCGGUGUUUUCAGGGUAUUCGAAUCUCAGCAAGCCCUGCCGCCGAUGAUUCUCAGCCAAAUGUGGAGAAUGCUGGAAAAUGACUCAGAAUUUAUUCAACAUCGCGCCUUCGGUUUCCUGAAACGGUACAACGCUUUCUCUGAAGAUGAAACCGUCAAGUGGUUCCGUAGUUCUGAGUAUCAAGACAACUUUGCAAUUGACGUCACGAAUGGAUCCUUUCGACAUGACGCAUUCCCACCGCAAAUUUUGCUCGAUCAUUAUGUUUCGAUCGUUACGAGAAGCUGGAAAGUUAUGAACCUUGGGGGCGGUUCUGAUGAGUUUGAUGGUCGCGGGAUUGAGUCUAGGGCUAUCUCAGCUUUACGGGAUUGUUCUCACUUGCCAUCGGACAUAAUCCACACUUUGUGGCAAAUGAACGAGACCUAUGGUGGUGUGCGCACUAUCGAAUGGGUUUUGGAAACGCAGAAAACCCUUCCACAAGAUGUAUUGAACGGAAUAGCUUCUCACAUUGAACAGUCAAAUGGCCCUGAGAGAAAAAAGUGGAUAUGGAUGUUGAAGAAACAGUCUCUACGUCUUUCUCGACGGUCACUUAGGCGUUUGCACGUUUGA